AUGUGCCACAUUUUGGUUCACUCUAUCGAGACUUUACUCCGUAUCUCGGUUCCGAAUCGUUCCUGCACUGCACAGGUGUCAACAACGUCGUCACUUUGCAGCAACCAAUUCAUUCGGAUACAUUUCUAUCAUUCCCACCCGGCCUUAUCGUCAAGACAACAUGCAAUCCGCAAUGGCAUUCCUCGCCCCGGUCCCGGUCGCUUCACAUUCGCUCUCCAUCUAUCGAAGCCCUCCCCCGCUGUGCCCAUCGAUGACUACCGUGAACACCACGUCGCAGGCACACCCAGCGACGAUCGCCGUGAGGGCUGCGCCGGCCUCGAGCCCCUCGGUCUUCGGCCGCGUCAUCACCGCCAUGGUCACGCCGUUCAAGCGCGGCGGUGA